GCGACGUAGUUAGAACUCUAGUGCGGAGUAUAACCAGCUUCGGAGCACACCACCAGCCAGUAGAUCCAAUCCAUAAACAAUUUCCAAUCAAAGACGUAGGUAAACUUUUAUCCUGAGUUGAUGGAGCUGAUAGACUAGGGUUAGGUUUUGUGUUAAAAUUGUAAAAUACUUUUUUGUUAUUCAAAUUUAAAUAUUAAAUAUCCGCGACUCAAUUAUCAAUCGGCGGAUUUAAAACCCGCGCGUUACUUACAUUGUACUCCUUGUCAAGGGAUUUCAACAAUCUUUCGGUGAGUUCGGUGCAAUAUCUCUGCAUCGGUAGGGCACACAGAAGGCCCUCGUCGGGAAGGAAUUGUGGGUGUUCAGUAUAUGUGUAUUGAUAUUCGAGUCGAGAUGGAGGAAAUUCUUGAGCUGAAUGAUCACGAUCUGGGAGAUGGAGAUAUUUUAUAUCAAAAUGAUGACUCUGAGGUACCACUCGACAAUACGUUUGAUAUGACAUUGGCUACGUCUCACUCAUAUUUAGGUGACAAUUUACAAGUACUGCGUGGCAGGACAUUGCUAGACAAUGGAAUCUAUGUAAACUUGCCUCUGUGGCCUCCAGAAUCAACACAACCAAGAUGGCUGGUACUUUUUCCGGGUGGGACUUUGCCUAUUGUCGCUCGUAAUUCACGACCUAUUGAAAUGUUGCGUCAGUGUAUUGCCAAGGAUCGGACCUUUGGAGUCGUCUGUGUUCGAGAUGUAAAUAGUGUAGGCACAACUGCUGAAAUUUAUGAGUACACUGAGGAAUCUUUGAUGCAUGGGCUGGAGGAAGUGCGUGUCAAAGCCAAAGGCAGACAGCGAUUUAAAAUAAUACGUAUUAAAAAUACUACGGGGAGGAUACCUGUCGCUGAUGUCAGGAUAUUACCGGAAGUUGAAUUGGGAGCACCUAAUUAUGAAAGUCGUAUUGCGUCUUUAGAUCGGUUACGAGGACCGACAACAGAUCGUAACAUUAAGAGACUGAAUAAAGUCGCGAAAAUUGACUCUGCUAUAACACCAUGGCCUUCUUGGGUCUAUCAUCUCUAUGACCCUAACAGACUGUCUGCAAAAAUUCAUAAUUAUUUAAAGUUCUUACAGUCAAAAGGAGGGAACAUUCCAAGUGAUCCAACAGAGUUGUCAUUUUGGGUUGCGCAGAAUUUAGUUAUCACACCCAAGACAGCUCUUUCGCUUCUCGAAAUAGACUCAGUAAUAUUUAGACUCCAGAGAGAAGAAAAACUACUCCGUAAAUUGGCAAAUAAUAUCUUUGUUUGCAAACGAUGUGGUGCCAAAGUUGCAAGACAAACAGACGUCUUCCAAAUGAAUGAAGAAGGUGUGCAGAGUGCGUACUGCAAUCCCGCUGGAGCGAUACAUGAAACAAUAACACUUCAUAAAGCACAGUCGCUGGUACUUGACAAUGCGCCAGCUUCAACAGAGUACAGUUGGUUUCCUGGAUAUGCCUGGACAAUAGCACAUUGUGGUGGAUGUCGUUUUCAUAUGGGCUGGAGAUUCACAGCAACACGACGUGAUUUAAAGCCACAAUCAUUCUGGGGCCUGACGCGGACCUCUCUAGCCUGGGGUGAAAGAGAGAGUCAUUAUUGCGAUGAAUGGGAUUCAGAUGAUGAAAAUAACGAAAAUAAUGAUCAAUCUGACACUGAAUUCUUACCUCCGUACUCUAAUAUUCAUUGAUCAUGUUUAAAAAUUUUAUUAUUUUGUGUUAUCCUAUCUACUGAUAAAAAUUAAAGUUUUUUAAAUACUUACCAUGGAUAGGAAGUUUCAGACACUUUUUUCAAAGUUUUUUUUUUUUUUUUUUUUUUUUUUGGGAGACAUGGAGGAUUAUAAUUAAAGCCAACUAAAUUCAUAUCUAUAUCCUCAGUAGAAAACCUCUUUCUAAUUUUUAAAAUUUCGCGGUAUCGGUUACCUCAAAUUUUUGGUGGAGAUAAAAAUUAUAAAUAAACGCGUCACAGGCCUAGACAAUGAGCCAUUACCGUAUUUGUUUACCUACAGUACAACUUUAUAAUUUUAAAAUAUUUUUUAUAGCUCGUAUCAGUGAAAUAUAAAUUUAAAAAAAAAACUCAUACUGAGCAGUUAUAAAACUUUGAUCCUCCUGAGGAAUUAUUUUAUUUCACAUAAAAAAAAAAAUAAAUAAAUAAAUAAAAUCUUUUA